AUGGGUGGUGCAAAUAGUUGUUUUCCAUCUCCAAUUAAUACAAUAUAUACAUUACGUCGUCGUCGUCGUCGUAAUUUAUUAACAAAAAUAAAACAUGACCAAACAAGAUCAAAUAUUCCAAUAAAUACAAAUACAAAUACAAAUACAAAUAAUAAUAAUAAUAAUAAUAUCAAUGCAAUUAAUCUAAAUCAUGCAUCUGAAGAUGAAUUUUUAAUGCUACCUGGUAUUACUCGUCAAAUAGCUCAAAAUAUAAUUCAAUAUCGUCAAUUAAAUAAUGGUUUUAAACGAAUUGAUGAACUUUUAUAUAUUACUGGAAUAAAUCAUGAUUUAUAUGAAUGUAUUCGUUUUGAUAUAACUAUUGAUUCAUCUUCUCAAAAUUUAGUUAAUAAUAAACAAGAAUAUAUUAAUAUUAAUUCAGCAACAUAUAAUCAAUUAUGUACAAUACCUGGCUUAACACCAAUAGUUAUCAACCGAAUAAUUGAACGUCGUGAACGAAAAGGAUUAUUUCGUUUUGUCGAAGAUUUACUUAAAAUAAAAGGUAUUAAUUAUAUUGUAUUAGCUAGUAUUCGUUCAUAUAUUACUGUUGAUGAUCGACAAAUACCAAUAUCAGUUAGUCAAUCAUCAAUACUUGAACCAUCUGUUAAUAAUCUUUAUCCAACAUUAAAUAAAAAUAAUAAUAAUGUUACAUCAGAUUCACUUUCUCUAGCAUCAUUAUUAUUAGAAACUUUACCACCAGAAUUACAAACUAUACUUCUUUCGUCAACAUCAUCACAACAUCCGCAAGUGACGAUAUGUAAAAAUAAACAAACAUAUUUUCGUUUUGCUUCAUGGAAUUUACAACAAUUAACAAAUGAUAAAGUACAAAAUCCAGGUGUAAAAGAAGUCGUUUGUCGAACUAUUCUUGAACAUAAUUUUUCACUCAUUGGUAUUCAAGAAAUAGGAAAUAAAGAAGCGCUUGGUUAUAUAAUUCAAGAAUUAAAUAAUCCAACAAUACCUUUAAUUAAAGAUUGGUCGAAUCGUCAUCAUGGAAAAUGGAACUAUACAAUUAGUGAUGUUGCUGGUCGAAUGUUUCAAGGAAGUGAAUAUCUUGGUUUUAUCUAUGAUGAGUCAAUUGGAAUUGAAUUAAAAAAAGCAUCAUUAUUACCAUUUAAAAAUUAUUUUACGCGUUCACCUUACAUUGUUAUAUUUCGUAUUUAUGAUAAAUAUGAAUUUGUUUUUGUUAAUUUGCAUUUAAAAGCACGAAGAUUAGAUGAAAAUGACAAUGAAAGAACAAAAGAUGAAGCUGCAUCAAUAUCAAUAUUAGCUGAAGCUAUGAGUGAUACUGUUGAACAAAAAUAUAUAAUUAUCUUUGGUGAUUUUAAUAUUGUACCAACAGCAUCAGAAUUUGAUGCAUUAGUUCAACGUAAUUAUUCAUAUGUUAUUAAACAAAAUACAAAUAUUAGUAUGAAAACACCACAAGGAUCUACAUGUAUUGAUAAUAUUUGGCUUUCUGCUGAAGCAAAAGCUUUAACUACAGAAAAUUCAGGUGUUAUUCGAGAUAAUCUAACAAGUAUGUGGAUUCCUGCUGGUUGGACAUGGGGUGGUAUAGCACGUUUAAUAUCUGCUGGUAAACAUGAAAUUGAUGUUGUUUUCUAUUCAAGUAUUGACGAUAUUAAACCUGGAAGAGAAUUUGAAACUGAUCGAUAUUUAAUUAGUAUUGAAGAAAAUAAUAAUGAUAAUCAACCUUGUCCUCGACCAAGUUUUGCUGUUAAUGAUCCAACGAUGAAAAAUAAACCAAAAUCAGCAGCAUUUGUACCACCACGUUUAGUACCCAAAGCAGAACCACCACCACCCGCACUAAUGCCUAUAUUAGAACGACAUAAUCCAAAUCAGUGGGGUUAUGCUGGCAUGACAACAGCUAUGAAACGUAAUGUUGAUGAUAAUAAUUCUAGUCAUGUAUCAACAACAUCAAAAUUUUCUCAUUUCAUUCCACCAACAUUUAAUAAACGUCAAACGAUUCAAUCUGAAAAAUCACAAGAACAAUCAGUUUUAUCAGCAUCUUCUAUUUCUAUUCAACAACAACCAGGGUUAUUAAACGAUGCUUUGAUUUCUCGAUUAUUGAACAAUACACGACCUAAUGAAAUUAAAUCUUCUCCUGUUAAACAAUCUCCUCAAAUUUCUUGGUCAGCAUGGGAUGAUAAAAAAUCUGAUGAUGAAGAUUCUGAUCCACCACCGAUAUGCGAAGAUAAAAAUAUUCUUCAACAACCACCUCCCAUAAAGCAAACAUAUAAUUGGCAUAGUUUAGUGAAAUCAACAGGUCAACAUGGACAAAUAAAUAAUGAAACAGAAAACACAGAACCAAUGCCAAAAUUUGAUUUUGAUGAUAGUUCUUUUGAUACCUUAUUUGAUAAUUCAGACGAAUAG